AUGCAAUUCGGCAAAGCGAUCGGGACGGCAUGUGCGUCGUUUGCGAUCACGAAUAUCGACGAUGCAUUCGUGCUGGUCACGUUUUUUGCUGAGGCAAGCACACGCAAGAAUACCAGUAUCACCCCGUUGAAGAUUACCAUCGGGCAGUAUCUGGGGUUUACGGUGAUUGUGGUUAUAAGUAUGAUUGGGUUCGGCGUGUCGCUUGUUCUGCCUUCGGAGCCGAUUGGGUUUCUGGGAUUGUUGCCUAUGCUUCUUGGUGUUUGGGCUUUGAUUGGGCUGAUAUUUGGUGGGGAUGAUGAUGAUGAUAACGAGGAGGAUGGUGAUGUUGUUGUUGUUGUUGUUGAUGGGGAGGUUGAGGGUGAGGGGGGAAAGGGAGGAGGCCGUUGA